AUGCUGUACAACCAAGACCCCAGUGCCGUGUGUGCACUCACUGCUCUCUACAUAAUAGCGUCUCCCCCCCAAGCCUACACUCUACCUCCUGGUCCUGCCCUCUGCCCCACCACGUCUGCAGAGUGGGUGCCAGCUCCCUCCCCGCGGGGUGGGAGUGACGAUUUGGUGGAUGGACUGGACAAGCCCCUGGAGAAUGAUGCAGAGGGGGUGUGGAGCCCAGACAUAGAGCAGAGCUUUCAGGAGGCUCUGGCCAUUUAUCCCCCAUGUGGUAGAAGGAAGAUUAUCCUCUCUGAUGAGGGCAAGAUGUACGGAAGGAAUGAACUAAUUGCCCGCUACAUCAAGCUCCGCACGGGGAAGACGCGGACCAGGAAGCAGGUGUCCAGCCACAUCCAGGUGUUGGCUCGACGAAAAGCCAGAGAGAUCCAGGUGAAGCUCAAGGACCAGGCCGCCAAAGACAAAGCAUUGCAGAGUAUGGCCACAAUGUCGUCGGCUCAGAUCAUCUCGCCCACUGCCUUCCAGAACAAGAUGGCGCUUCAGGGCUUGUCCCGGCCCGCCUAUCCCACCAGUGGAGGAUUUUGGCACGGAGCACUUUCGGGGCAGCCAGGAGGCCACGAAGACAUUAAGCCUUUCUCCCAGCAGACUUACACGAUGCAAGCAUCCGGCCCGACGCCCAUAACAGGUUAUGAAAGCACCGCAGGGCUGGCCAUGUCCCCUGGCGCCCCUCCUUGGCAGGGCAGAUGUAUUGCCAGUUCAAAACUUCGAAUGUUGGAGUUUUCUGCCUUCCUGGAGCAACCCCAGGACCCUGAAACUUUUAACAAGCACCUGUUUGUCCACAUCGGCCAGUCCAACCCCAGCUACAGCGACCCAUAUUUGGAGUCAGUGGACAUCAGGCAAAUUUACGACAAGUUCCCAGAGAAGAAAGGAGGCCUGAAGGAGCUGUUUGACAAAGGGCCUCAUAAUGCCUUUUUCCUGGUCAAAUUCUGGGCUGACCUCAGUAUAAACCUCCAGGACGACAGUAACUUCUUCUACGGGGUCUCCAGUCAGUACGAGAGCUCUGAAAACAUGAUUAUCACCUCCUCCACCAAAGUCUGCUCCUUUGGCAAACAGGUGGUUGAGAAAGUGGAGACGGAGUACGCACGUUACGAGAAUGGCCGUUAUGUUUUCCGGAUUCAUCGCUCCCCCUUAUGUGAAUAUAUGAUCAAUUUCAUCCACAAACUUAAACAUCUACCGGAGAAGUACAUGAUGAAUAGUGUACUGGAAAACUUCACAAUCUUACAGGUGGUGACCAACAGGGACACACUGGAGACGCUGCUGUGCAUAGCCUAUGUAUUUGAAGUAUCCACUAGUGAGCACGGAGCACAGCAUCACAUCUACAGACUGGUCAAAGACUGACCCCACACACUUUGGACUGUAGCACAAAGGACUAGUUCUUCUGUAAACUUAAAGCCCAGCCAUUGGAAAACCAGAUCAACUCAACACAUCUGAUGGCCUGCUGCAGAGUACAUGAACUUAAGACUUGGAACUUUAUGUGAAAAAGGCAAAGAAAAUGAGGUCCAUGUUCAACGCUGUGGUCUUUAUAUCAAAGGAUCCAACAGGAGCCAAGUGAACCGCAUUAAGAUAUCAGUGACUGUGUUUUUCAUCUCUUUUUACUAGUGCUAGGGUUUGUUUUAUUGUCAUUUACACUCGUGCAUGUGCAGGGGAGGAUGCUUACGGAUGAGUUUGGCUGCCUCAGGAUGCCACCUAGUGACUGAAGUAUGAAGUACUAAAUAGUUGUCACCAAUUGCACAUUUGAUAUUAUUACUGUUGGUGCCAAUCUUCAACAUUUGAGGUAAUUAUUAUGACUAGUGCUUUUACAUCUCCUCUAAUGUGAGCUAUACAAAGAGGCUAAAAUGAUUGCUUUUCAGUUGUUUGGUGUUCGGUGUUGUGUUACUGGUUUUGGUUGAGAACAAUGUGGCACAUGAAAUAAGACUGCUAACUUGAACAAGCUCAGUCUGUAAACUGGAGUUUGCAGAUUCUGUCUGUGAUUGUAAUAAGCCUUAUUUGUGUUAGAUAAAAUACAAGUGUUUCUUACAAAAA